AGCCAAGCCACAUAUUCUGAGUCUUUUUGCAGUGAAGCGCACGAGACACCGUAAUGCAUGACCAUGUAUUUUUUCUUCAGCCGUUUACUAUGUGCAGUACUGGCGUAUGUGUUUAUGACUCUGCUUCAUUGCGUCGUUGAUCUUGUCCUGUUUAUGUGGAAGCGUCUAAUGCUCGCUCCUUUAUCCAAUCGCGCCGUUGUCCAAGAGAGCACAGGAUGAUUUUUGAGUGUGUUCAAACUAUUGUAAAUAGUCAAAGCGGUGACAUAUUCAAAGGAAGAGUCGCACAACGUGCUAAAGUAAGACAAAUGACUUAUUUUCAUUGUCCAAAAUUAUCUCUCGUCAAUUAUGUAUCAGCUGCUGGCGCACCUUGCAGCGCCCAAGUGUUGACUUCAGCAGGUGAAGGUCAAAAGAUCGAAUGUGGGCAAAUGUGUAUUAUAGCAUAUAGCCAACAAACUAUCAGAAGAAAGAGUCGCUCGUCGAUCAUUUCAUUCGUACGCUUUCCGUCUUUUCGCUUCCUACCGACGUUGAGCAAGUCCGGAAAGAUCCCCAGGCGUUUUUAUCUUUCAGAGAUUCAAUAUGAGUCGCAGUCGCCUCAGUCACGAGCUUAUUCUGAUCAGCGACAUAUUGUACUUCAUGGUUUUGGGGGCCGCUAUUCUCGUCAAUUAAUAUCUCCAUGCCCGUCUGAUAGAAAAAUGUUGCACUCAUAUUGGUAAAAAUUCAAGCAUUGAAAUGAUACGUUUUGCUGUUUGCGCAGCAUAUGCAUCACUUUAUCGUAGUAUCCACCCUUGCCUGGUGCCAUAUUAGGAGAGACGAGAUUUGACGUUUUUCCAUGCUCUGUAAGCUUCUCCGCUAAAGCACCGCUUGAGCUCUUCGUUUAACGUUGAUCCAUCACCAAGAUUAGUUCCAUGUUUGACUACACGUCAUCUGAGACGUAUAAGAGAGACUGUGUAGGGAACAAAAAAU